CAUUCAUUCAGCGUCAGUUGAGCUCACUACCAUAGACAUAUGUCUAUGCUCACUACAACCGGUGGUUUUCUGUCUUCCUACCGGGUCAGUUCAUGGUUAACUUCGAGGUCUUCGUGUUCUGCUCCACUUUUACACUCUGGACGGUCUUUGUUCCUUUUAGCACGGCACUACAGACAGACCGUAAAGGGAGAAGAAGAUGCAGCAUCCUGCUGCUCAUCAUCCGGGCCUCCUGUGUCUCUGGAACAUUAGUAGUGAAUGUGACCCAGAGCUCCUAUCAGGCAGAGGAGGACCAAGACAUCACACUGGAGUGGACCUUCACAACCAACCCUCACAGUUCCUCCAACUCUCUUAAUAUCUUCUGUGAACUGUUAGCUGUCCUCAAGAAUCCAGUUAUGUUUCGUCUCCAUAAAGGAGUAGAGGUCCCAGAGUCUCAGCAUGAACAGUUUGCAGGACGAGUCCAGUGGGACAAAGACGUCCUCAGAGAAGGACGACUCAGAUUUAAUGUGUCCAGACUCAGGACUGAGGACUCGGGACUGUACAAGUGUCAUGUGGUCACAAGUUAUGGGAGGAACUCUGGUAGCUGUUUACUCAAGGUCACUGAGCCGAGCUCUGUUAAAACCUCUUCAAAGACUGAGAUGCCGCUGCAUCCCAAAAUCCUCCAGACUCCAGGUCCAAACGAUGAGACGAGUGUUAAAGGUGGGCGUCUGUACCUGAGCGUACCGAUCCUCGGUGUGUUUGGCUGCAUCGUCCUGAUCCUGAGUGUUGGACUCAUAUUUACUCAAACUAAGGCAUCAACCCCAAACUGUAAGUCAGGAUGACUUAUUAAUUUAAGAGACAGCACCAGCACUACCCUCACUACUACGUCUGGGCCAACGUUCAGUCGGGAGAUGACAGCCGCGGCAUUUCACCGGACCUUUUAACCGGACCUUUAACCGACCCACGAUGGAAGACAAAAAUCACUGUGACCAGAGGCCCACUCUACGGAGCAAGAUUUCAGUGACCUCAGGGUUUGGUGGAUCGCUUGUCGCCAGGUUAACGGCGCCUUCACAUUGGCACAAUAGACACGGCUGUGAAACGACCGAGUCAUUAAUUUCCUUACAGAGAUUCACAGACCGUGAGCGAACGGGCCAGAACCGAUGCGAACGAGUGCGCUGCAGGAAACAAAUCGGGUCCGUUGGUCAUCUGGAGGCGCCAUUUCUUUUUUUUUUCUUUUUUUGACUCUCUUCCAACGCUUUUCAACGGUGUAGUACGACGUCCACUGGGGGGUGCAUUGCGCAUUACAGAGCUAGUGUGAAGGAGAGUCCACAUAUCUGAACUGGAUUACUGUGGUUUAGUCACGAUGUCAAUCUUGGAAGAUUUUAAAGGAACACGCCGACUUAUUGGGACUUUGUCUUAUUCCCCGUAUCCCCCGGAGUUAGAUAAGUCCACACAUACCCUUCUCAUCUCCGUGCGUGCUGUAAUUUGUAAUGUAUUAUCUGUUUACAAGGUGAACCCAAACACUGACGAGGAAGGCAGAUAUUAAGAACGUACGAAUCGACCUCAAGUCUUCAACGCGCCGUAUUUACUGCAUGCUAAAUAAUACGUACACUAACAAUAGAUAUGUUUUUAAAAAACUGAUGUGUGGAUGUUAGGUCAACUUGUCAUCUGUUGCAUUAUCGCAGCAACCGAUUUAUUCCUCAAGUCUUUACUAGCUGAGAUAAUCUUUUCUAAGAUUAUGUUUUGGGCCUUUUAGGACAGCUG